AUGGCUGCAGUGUUCAAUGCCCUCUUUACUCGCGACUCUUCUAAGAGUUUCGGCUAUGAUUUCCUUGAUGACGGAAGUUCAAGAAAGACUGGUAUAUUUGCUAUAAGAAAGGCAAAGAAAAAGGAGGCUGCCCGUGCCAGAAACUGCUUGAAGCGUGUGAAGACCCUCAGGCAUCCAUCAGUGAUUCUUUACCUGGAAAGCUUAGAGACCGAGUCAACGUUGGAUAUUGUCACUGAGUCUGUGCAACCGCUGACGUGUUACCUGGAAAGUAUUGAGAGCGUGCCGAAUAAAGACGCUAUUCUUGCCUGGGGCAUACUGCAAAUAGCCAACGCCCUGUUAUUUCUCUCGCGGGAUGCAAAGCUUCACCAUGGUCGUAUCAGCGUCACUUCCGUCUACGUCAACAAAUGCUGCGAAUGGAAACUUUUCGGAUUCGAGCAUUUGUUCACCACUGAUUCUGCAGAAGGCGAUUAUCUGUCCCCGUCGUCCGACGUCUAUCAACCCAGAGGCCUGUCUCGUCGAGCAGCCACCUGUUUUAACGCCUACGGUCUUGGUUGUUUCAUUUGGGAAGUGUACAACGGGAUAGUGCCGUCAAUGGAAUCGCUUAAAAACCGAAGGUCAGUUCCGGUAUCUCUCGCCAACCCAUACAAACAACUGGUCAGCGGCAAAAUCAACAUAGAAUACUUCAUAGAUGACGGCCGCAAGCCAAACGGUUACUUGAACAACAAGCUCAUCAACGCUCUUCUGUUUCUGGAUGAAUUUCAGCUUAAAACUCCUUCAGAGCAGAGCCACUUUCUUGGUAACAUAGUGCAGUGCAUCAACAUGUUUCCGAAGAACGUUCAGGUAAACAAGAUUCUGCCGCAGCUGGUUCACGCCGUCGAAUUUGGCUGUUCGGGCUCCGCGGUUGUAUCCGUCCUACUUUCGAUUGGAGAGCACCUGAACGAAAACGAAUAUGCUGCUUCGCUGGUGCCGGUCAUUCUGAUCCUGUUUUCGUCUCAGGAUCGCUCCACCAGAGUGAAACUUUUACAGGAGUUGGAACAUUACGUACAGCACAUAAAGUCUGACGUCAUCAAUGACAAGAUGUUCCCGUCUAUCGUCACCGGUUUUUUGGACACGAAUGCGACCGUCCGCGAAGUGACGGUGAAGUCGAUUGUCCAUAUUGCUCCUCGGUUGAACUACAAUAACCUGAAUAUCGAAUUGAUGCGGCAUUUCGCGCGUCUACUAAGCAAAGAUGAAGACGGCAGCGUCAGGACGAACACCGUGAUUUGCCUCGGGAAGAUUGCUUCUUCUCUUCACAAUGAGGUAUUAUGCGCACCUUUAUUUAAAAUGAUCAUCAUCAGUCAAUUAUUUUAUCGCUUGUAUCCGGCUUACGAACAACGAGACCUCUUAGAGCAGAGAAAAACGUCAUUAUUAUAAUA